AUGACCACCAACGGAAUUAUUCGUAAUCAUUUUCCAUGUACUCCAGUUUGCAACAUUGUUAAAUGUUGGCAAUGGGAUAUUUCACCAUUUAUUGAUAAUUUGAAGCAGAGAAGUUCUAAGUAUGGGGUUGUCAUAUUAAAUCGUCCUAUAACACAAAAACAGGAAUUCAUUAAGACACUAUGGAACAAUGCGACAUUCAGAAUUACUGUAGAUGGAGGUACAACACAUUGGAACAAGUUCAUAAAUAGCCUUACCUUAGAAGACAAGAAGACUAUCCGUCUACCUGAUCUAAUAACUGGAGACUUUGACUCAAUAACAAAAGAUCUUCUUCAGGAGUAUAAAAAGAAAGGUUGUAAGGCUUUGCAUACACCUGAUCAGAAUGACACUGACUUUACAAAAGCAUUGAUAGAAUUACAAAAUUUGUGCAGGCAACAAGAAAAAGAGUUGGAUCAUAUUGUUACAUUAGGACAAAAUUCUGGGCGCAUAGACCAAAUUUUGGGUAACAUACAAACACUGUUCCUAGUUAGGGAAAGGGAAAUUCUAAACCCCAACACAAACGUCUAUAUUGUGUCAGAUGAUACAAUAUCCUGGCUGCUUUUACCUGGAGAUCAUGUUAUAUGCGUGCCGGAGGAGACCAGGAAACAUAGCAGGUCAUGGUGUUCAUUGGUGCCAAUAGGAGAAAGUUGUGAUGCGGUAACAACGAGUGGAUUAAAGUGGAACCUAGAUAAUCAACCUUUGAAGUUUGGACUACUCGUUAGCACAUCAAACACAUUUGAUGGGUCUGAAUUAGUCAAAAUAAAAUGCAGUCAUUCUUUACUGUGGUCUAUGAAAAGGCACCAACAUUACGAACUAGUCAGUUUGCCACUGCGCGGGAGUCGCGCCGAACGUGUACGAUUUCUAGUAAUCCGAAAUACGUUUACUGAUAGAAGAGGGACAAUAUAA